AUGGCUGGCGGUUCGCCUUUCAAGGGAAGGGAGGCACCUAGAGGCCUUUUGUGCCGUGAAUUUGCAGUUGGACUGGGUUCCGUGUCGUCUCUGAUGGAGAUUGUAGAGGAGAGAAAGAGAGCGUGGGCUCUUGAAGUCGCGAAGAGGGCGAGGAGGGCUUCUGCUAUAUACUGCGGCAGCGCUGUAUUCGGGAAAUUGCAAGCGGACGGCAGUUACUCUAUCAGUCCAGAGGAGGCCCCAAAUUGCAGGAGCCUGUGUCGUGCCCUGCUGCACAAGCACGGCCCUGCAUGCGACGACUCCGCCGAUCCUUAUUCGUGUCUUUUGGGCUACCGAUCUGACCGAUGGUUCCCAGAAGAAUAUAAGGAGCACUGUUUCUAUAGCAAGCCCUCUUUGCAGCAGCCAGACUUCGAAAGGAGCGUUGCUAGCGAGGAUUGCAUGCGCAAAGGCAUGGAGGCCUGGCUGGCCCUUACCCGGCGGGGCGGCGACUCUUGGGAAGCGUUUCUUAGCGAAGUGCCCCCCUCCUGCACCUUUACGAGAGCGAGGCCAGACCGUCGCCAGGUGUCGGGGAGUGCAGCGGAAGACGCGGGGCCUCUAAUGGAGUCUGCAAUCGUGCCAGGGGACUAUUGGAACGCGCUGGAAGACGGAGAGAGAGCAGACUGGCUGGUAACCACCACCUUUGUUGCGCCCACAGAAGUGACUGCGCUGGAGCCGCUGCAGGAGGCCUUAACAGGACGGCGGGAGGGCAAGGCGAUUUGCCUUUUUCGAGUGGCAGACGUUGAGCGCGUUCGUUUUGGGAUGAUUCCAGGAGACAACUGCAGAGGCUUUAUUGGGGUGUUAUACGUGGCUGCCUUGGAGGCCGAUCCUGCUCCUGGUUUUGACGCUGCUUCGCGAGGGUUCGACCUCUGCGUUGCGAGACGCGUCUUCCAGCGCAAGGUGAUGCUUGAUGGCUCAUCCGUGGAGGCGCUCCAGCUGCGGACUCGUGUAACUGUCGGAUCUCCUUGCGGCGUCGAAUCGGGGAUGGACAAGGGCUUCUGGGAGGUGGCCUUUUAUGCAUUGCGGUACCCCCAGGCAAGGGGUGUAGAGGGGCAGCCUCCUGGGGGAGAAUGCCCUUGGAAGGGAUCGAUUCAGCUGAGCAACAAGUGUUUCUUGAGGCUCAAAACAGAGAGGGAUAUGCACCAGUGGGACUUCUUUUCCGCCAAUGCCGUUUGCAGGGCCUUUACAGUAGGUACCGGUUUUACGUCAGAGGAUGCGAGUCUAGCCCACAUUGAAAAUUCCAUGGAAAUGAAGCUCGUCGGAGAAAUGGCAGCGGCGAAAGGGGAGGAGGGAUCGUGGAUCGGUCUGUUUCAGGCUAGCCAGCUGCCUCUGGUAGUUCCUGGAAGGAGCUCCGCCUUCAGACGCAAGGAGGCGGAGUGCCCAAUGGAAGCGCCGCAGUCUGCGGACGGCACGGGGUCUCUUUACAGCCAAAUUCGCGCCGCAUGUCCAGCAGCAGCGAUGUGGCCUCAAUGGCGACCUGUGUCUGACGGCUUAACUGCACAAAGGUGGGAUCCCCUCUUCUGCGAUGGCCAACCCCAAGCUCUGGACGGCGCGAAAUUCGCAGAUUGCGCGGUGAUUAGCUUCCAGAAGCAGGGGGCCCCCCCCUGCCUAAAGGCCCGGAGCUGCGACGCCCCCCUUUCGGCAAUCUGCUCUGUAAAACUGAGGACAGGCCCUCAAGUUCUCGCAAAGGGCAGCCGUGGAAGCGGCGAGCUGCCCGUCGUGAGUUGCAGCACAAAGAACAACGCAGCAUGCUGGAUAAGUCUGGCUCUGCCCGCUGUGGACUGGUGGACAGACAGCCUCGCGCUGGGAACUCCCAAGGGGCGGCAUUCCUUCCCCUUUGGUCACUUAGCCCUCAUGGCCUUCUGCGGAUCGGGGUCUCUUCUGGCAGGCCCUUGGACGCCUUCUCAGCGCCUCAAUUUGGCGAAAGACAAGGCUUUUAGGGAGCUCGAUGCGGGAUCCUACGAGCUUUGCUACUGCCCCUUAGUGCGGGGCGGAGAGGCAGCGGCCACAUGCACCGAGGGAAGGGAGUUCGUGCAUCUGCGGGCUCUGCUAAAUCUCCUAAGCGACGAGAAAGGCGAGACAUGGCCUCGCGUUCAGAUCCUGCCCGAGGUUCCUUUGAAGGCGCUUCCAGGGAAUUCGAACGCAGGCACUUCGCUGAUCCUAAGGCCGGAAGCGAACGAGAUCUCGCCAGGCGUAGUUUUCUGCACUGUCGGAAAGGCAGCGAGGCGGAGGACAGACGACACGUGCCGCUUCACCCUCGAGAGUCCAGACGCCGAAGAGAAGCUCGUGACUCUCUCGAUUGUACCGGUUGGCGCAAACGAUGCCCCCUACGAGCCGGCAGCGCUGUGCUCUCGGCCUGGUGCAACUAUGACGGUGAAUGUCAAAGGAAUUACGACAGUCGAUGUUAGGCCUUUUCUUCCCUUCAGCCACAAACACGCGAUCUGUGCGCAGGGGUCUCUCAUUGGAACCCUCAUUACUUCAGGGUGUGCGUCAGGCACACUCACCCCGUGCUUGGAGGGCCUAAAGCUCAAGUUUCCGCAUGACACAAUCAACCAGGCCGUCUUUGAGGUGUCCGUCUCUGGCUAUUUUUCCUACACCGUGGGCAGCGCCGUCUUGUUACUCGUUGAAGCUGUCUAUGAAGAUGACAAGUACUGCUCUUCACACUUAAUCUACGAUCAGUCCGCUUACAAGGAGUACAUGGGGGUAUUUGACAGCUUGAAUCUACUCUUGCUUUUCACCGUUCCGGCCCCCACAGUACGCACAAAGCUCUGCCUCCUCAACCCUAACUCAUAUUACCACGUCGAAGUCGUGAGUCUGGGCCAGCUGCCGAUGCCAUCCAAGCCAAUGAAAAUAACUGCGAGAGAAGCCCGGUGCUCGCUCUCCCCAAAAGGCGACUGCUUAUUCAACCUUUCUCCCGAUGGCGCAACAAUCAGUCAACCCUGGGCCGCAUUCUUUCCCAACACGAUCGCUGUGAAGCUCCUGCAAGGAACGCAGCAGUGCCCUUUCGACCCAGCCGAUCCUGAGUAUUCAACCUUUGAAGGAGACCCCUCAGACAUUGUAGCAGUGCUGGAGGCUGAUGCUAUGGAUAUGACCAUGACAUUUGCAAGCACCACUAUUUUAGAGUUUCAGCUGGCCGAACAGCUGAAGCCGUGGCUGGCAGACAGGGGCAUCGCAACGAUAUGCAUGACUCAGGAGGGGAUGGAAGAUUCAACUACCUCCUGCUGGGAGAACGAAACGUGCACGAUGCAGCUUGGCUACAUGCGUUGGGUUGGCCCGACCGAAUCGUACGACAAAGCGUUUGUCUGCAAGGAGGAAGAAGAAUGCAUAGUUGACGUAGAAGGGAAGCACAUGGAUUUUCUGAGCAUGCACUUUAGCCGCCUUGCUGCCCUAGAAACCUGCGGGGAACUUAGGGGGAUAGGCACGCUGUCUGUCUUCGGCACAUAUCAGAGCGUAGAUCUGUCAGCUCCCUCGGACGACUAUAGUUGGCUGCAGGUGGCUUCCCACUCUUCGCCGCUGGCUCCUGUUUCUUCUGCCUCUACCGCAAUGGAAGUCGUGCCGCAGAGCGUAGCAGGAGGCACAGAGGGGGCACAGGCGGUGAAGAUUGAGGCAGAAGUAGGGCUAGAUCGCGCUGACCUCACCGGUUCAACGAAGGUUUAUCUGAAAAACGCUCCAACAACGGAUACGGCCCUAGUUGACACAUGCGACUAUACGACGGAUGCAGCAGGAGAUCUUAUUACCGCCAUUAGCGCGAUGUCUGCAGUAUCGAGCACGAGCGAGAACGUGAACUUGGCCACAGCGGUGUUGGCGAAUCCACAGGUUCCCUCCUCUGUCUGCUUGGUGCAGUUCAUGAUGCCCACCAGUUUUUCCAAUGACAUCCCUUACGCCACGGAUUGCACAGCAAAGGGGGCACUUACGAAUGUCUCGGCUUUGGACUGGAAGGGGAAUCCGUGGCCGUUGGUGAGUUGGUGUGGCUCCCUUCCUGCAGCGUGCGGAGAUUGCCCCUCCCCUCCCGCUAAAAUGACAGUUCUCGCAGCGCCCUUCGAUUCUUGUCCUUCGAACCCCAGGGAAUUACUGAACGUGGUGUCUGCAACGGAAAGGCUGACCUCCGAGCAGAUACUGAGCGAGUUCACAAGGAACACCGUGAGUGUGACCUUGGAGAGGCUUUCGCCGCUGCUAGCUCUGAGGGGGAGGGCAACCCUCUGCGUGCUUGACGACAAUUGCCAAGAUCCCAACACCGGGGAGUGUGUUGCUAGCCUGGGCAAGGCUCGCUGGAUAGGACCGACUGUCAUCACGCACGUCGACACGCUUUGUACGGAGGUGAAGGGGGGCCGUUGCAAAGUAUCCAUCACAGGAUUCAACAUGAAGAGCGUAGACUAUUCGAGACCGAGGCUCGCUGUGACAAGUGCCUGCGGAGUAAGCCUCUCCCCUCAAAUUCUGCACACCACAGAAACAGAGACACAAAAGCAGAACGAACGGGAGAAAAGUGCAAUCAGCCUCUUAUCGUUGUUUGUUGUGCACGUGUGUCGCUCAUGGUUUUUGAUGGUAGGGAGUGCUGAUUCUGCGUAUUUGUGUUGCCUGCUGUUCGAUCAGGACGGAACUACUGAAUUGUUCACAGAAGCGGAUGAGGUAGACGUAGAAGACGACGUUGCAGUUUUUUCUGUUCCAGUUCUUGCAGGGUGGGGUCUUCACCUGUGCUGGAAUCCUGUGGUCAUGGUGCUGACUCCUGGCUUUGAUAGUGGUGGCUUUACUCUGCAAUCGGAGUAUACUUUCGACAUUGGAAGUUUUUCUGUGUUGCCGCUUCCCAUCGUAACAGGUACAGCGCGAGAUUUUUUCAAGCCGUACCCUGUUCUCGAGUCUUUGACCCGCUUACGUGUGCAGUCUGGUGCUGUCUACGAUUAUCUGCGCGCAGGCCGUUCUGUAUCAAGCAAAACAGUAACGACGGCUGUGGUGGAAGUCGAGCUCAACGCGCUUCUUGAUCCAACUUCCGUGGCGGCUUUCGGAGGGCCUCUGCCAUCUCAAGGGCUUUGGAACGGCAUGAGCAGGGAGCCUUACAGUCCUGGCUCUACGUGCAGCAUUUCCAGCUCCACAGUGUACAGCUUUCGUGCCACAAGCGUGUCGAUUGAGACUGUCAACGUACGCAGCCGGGAAGAUGGUUCUUUUCAAGAGACGGGCAAGGAGUCAGCGGAAGCCGCUGUGACGCAGAUAUCUUUUGAGUUCGAUGCAGAGGAAGUCUCAUACACAUACUGCUGGCAUACAGCCGUCUUUGACGCCAAUCACCAGAUCGUGAGGGAAUCUUGGACGCCGCUAGUCAACAUAGCAGGGCCUUCGGACGCGCAGCUUGGAGGUGUUUACGCAACUGCUGCGUUGUCUCUAGGAUUUGUUCCGUGCAUGUCUGGCACAUCAGAUCCGGAUGCCUGCAUCUUCAGUGUAGUGGCCACGGCGCCUUCAGAGCCCGAUCUGUACCCUAACGGGGAGCGGUGGAUUCUUCCUUCGAGAGCCACCGUCGUGGUGAUACCUGGGGAGGCGGACUGCAGCAAUACGGCCAUAUCUGUGUUUGAGACUGCGCCACUGAUCAACGCCGAGACUGUAGACCCCUCAAAGCCCAUGCGUCUGCUAGAGCCGCAUACGGUUAACGACUGCUUGUACUACAAUCUUGGUGCAGGCCGAGCCUGGCUGUCAGAAAACGGGAAAGGCACCAUCUGCUGGCAUAGCGAUGUCACGGCUAGCCGAACACCCGUCAAAAUCGCACAGGCCCUCUGGGGCAAAAACUUUUCCUUCAUGGAUCACUCGGUGACUCGACUUGCUGUUCUGGAGAGCUGCGGCACGGCGAAAGGGCUUGGUGUCGCGCAACUACGGACUGUUAAAUCGGAACACGCAAGUUUUCUCAUGAUCCGAGAGACUCCUUCCUACGAGCUGGUUACAGAGGACGACCUUGAGCCUGUGCACUUCUGGACACUCUCCGAGAAAAUCUUUCGAACACGCUGCAAGCACGGAACAACCCCAGAGUUCGUAGAGGCUACAUGGGAAGAUCCACAUGGUAUCUGCAAAGGUGUUGAUGUUGCCGAUCUCUUGAACAAACACUGCAGCGGCAGGCAGCAGUGCACCUUUAUUCCAACGGGCAGAUCUCCCCGAAGCCACGCAACCACGGACUCCCCUUCUCUGUAUCUGGUAGUUCCCAACAACUGUUUGGACGGAAACGAGCAAAAGCUGCGAGGCACAUACCGCUGCCUCGGACGCGCUACUGCACCUAUCAUGCUUCAACUGCUUGGCAAAACUGCCGCUCCAAAAGACGAUUCGUCAACUAAAAAGGAAGUAGGGGCCGACCAAAGUCUUGCCGAUCCAGCGUCCUCUGCUGGCUCAGGGGUCUCUUCUGACAAGACUAACGGCACAGGUGCCUCUGACUCUGCGAAUGCUGCGAACUCUAUGGAUGCUUCGAACUCUAUGGAUGCCGCGGAUGCUUCGAACUCUGCAAAUGCUUCUGACGCUGCGGAUUCUAUGGAUGCUUCGAACUCUGCAAAUGCUCCUGACGCUGCGGAUUCUAUGGGUGCUGCGAACUCUGCAAAUGCUUCUGACGCUGCGGAUUCUAUGGAUGCUUCGAACUCUGCAAAUGCUUCUGACGCUGCGGAUUCUAUGGAUGCUACGGACGCGUCUAGCAGCAAGCAUCAGCCACAGGAUGAAACGAUAUCCUUUUGGGUAUUUCGCGGGAAGCCGGGUAUCUACGAAAUAUGCUGGAAUUCAGAUAUUACACCUAACGCAGAUGCGUCAGCGUACUCCGAGUACUUGGGAAAGUUCGAAAUGAUGCCCAUCCUCUCUGUCACAGAUGAGGCUGUGGUGUGCGUAUCCGAUGAUUUAAGCACCUGCACUUUAGAAAUCACGAUCGAGGUCGAGGCCAUUGAGGUGACAGAUGGUUCUGUGGUACUUAUUUUAGCCGCGCAGGACGGAACGGCUGAGUGUGCACCUGUGACUCCAGCGGAUCUGGAGGUACUUGCCAUAAUGCCUCAUCGGUCUUCAUGGGAUGCAGCACAUGAGAUAUCCGAAUUGACAUACUCAACACCGCUGUCCAAGGCCAGCCGCAAGCUGUGUCUCGUCACCUUUGACAAUGCAACAUCCACCAUCGGCACUGCGCAGUACGCGGGGAAUAUACCUGGUUACUCUGCACCCAAGGAGCACGCUACACACGAGGAUGUUUGCACAGCAGAUCCUACACGGCCUUGUUCGGUCACUCUGGAGCCCUCUCCUGUCUCAAGCUUCUUUGAUCUCGACAAUCGCAUCCCCCAGGAAGGGGAAACGACCCCAUCCUUUGAUGCAUUUCCAGAUUUGCGGGCCUACCUGCCUGCUGAAUCGCGUCUCUACGUGCUGGAAGGAGACGUCUUGUGCCCUGCAAGUGCUUCUGAUAAGCUUUACACGACUGCUACUGAGGACCCCGCCAGUGGCAUUGCUGCACUCCCGCAGGCAUUCGCGGAAAUCGGUUCUUUAGUGUACCAACUGACGGACGCGCAGCAGAGGUGGCUUAUGGAAACACUUGUAGCCACGCUUUGCUGGACAGCUCCUGACUGCACAGAAGACUCCCAAAUGCCCACCUCUAGGCCUUGCACAAAGAAGGUUGGAGUGCUGACAUGGGCAGGGCCCCUCGUCAAGGAGCCUUUGGCCACUAUCACCUGCCGAUUGGAGAUGCCCUGCACAUUUGUAGUACAGGGUAUCAACUUGGCGUUGAUGGAUCACCAAAAGAGCAGAGUUGCCUUCCUCAAGCAGUGCGGAGGUUCUGAAGGUCCUGGAAUCGCUUCUGUGAAAGAAUAUCCGGAAAAUUAUUCCCCCGCUCUCUUCAAAGAAGCCGCAGGUGCCUUCCUGGCCGUAAAUUCACGUGUCACGCGACACUGGAGGGAUAUUUCGAUGCAUCGGCAUUCUCGCUUGACAAAGCUGCGACAUAUGCAUGGAGACCCCUUUGCUCUGCUGCAGGGAAUCCCUGAGAAUGCGCAUGUUCUAACAGACUCGCUCACUGUUGAGGCAUCACAGCCCGUCGACGAUACCGUGUCCAUCUGCUGGAAUCCUUUGACAGUGCCUACUGAUAAUUUAAGCGACUUCACAAUGACCAUAGGAAAGGCCAUUGGUUACACCAUCACGAAUAUUGCUGCCUUUUGCACCUCCGGAUCCUUGUGUGGCAUUCAAGUGGAAACGCGUGGAGCGGCUCUUGAAGGAAAGCAGCUCAAGCUGAGAGCUGUUUGGGGUUCAUGCAGUUCUGUUUUUGACAGCCCAGCUGAACUGCCUGAUGGAGGGAUGUUUGCGUACGUCGAGGGCCAGACGUAUGCGUUUACCUCUCCCGUAGCAGCCCGGUCCGACUCUCUACAUGUCUAUGAGUUGUGCUGGUGUGAUGAGCGCUUCUCUCCGGAUUGUGGCAACAUGGACUACGGGCUGACUGUUGGAUCCCUUUCGGUUCAGACGAUGGAUCGGGAGAAUGUUGCGUGUCUCAAGGACGACAGCGCUACCUGCGUGGUUUCUAUCCCCGAUACGCUGCGAGAUAAAUCUUACGUAUACGUGUCUGAGUACAGAGAAAGCAGCCCAUACACCUGCGUCACACCCCUCUCUGUGGUAUCGGCAGAUGGCACAAAGGUUCAAGGCACCGAUGUGGAGGUAAGUAUUCCAUACAGUGCUCUGGAGUCUGCGGGACUGAUCGACAAACCCGUGGCGAUCUGCUGGACUGGAAAGGAAAGCCCUUCUGGCAAAGCUUCCGUGCCUGUGUGGGAAGCUUCUUACCUCGGAAACAUCAUCUUUGUAGACGCAAGGGCGGAUACCAACAUGCUAUACGCUGGAGUUCCCCCUCAAAUCUCUAUCUUGGCAACCGGACUCAUAGGAACGCAGGCUUCCCUCGCUGGGCUACCCCUCUCCCUGAAGCAGGUGUAUCUUAAGGACAAGUCCAAGUGCUCUGCUACCUCGAGAACGACAAUCUCCGUGCCGCUUCCUCUAGAGAGGCUAUCUGCUGCCAAAGAGACGCCAGGCUAUGAGAUAUCCUUUGCGGCAUCCACGGUCCUCACGCGUAUCCUCUCAAAAAGCACUGCAGGUGUAACGAAGCUCUCACUCUGCUGGUGCAACGCCUCCCAGACGUGUGUAAAGGCCGCAGAAUUCAGCUCAGAACUCGCACAGCUUGUGUAUUUCCGUCCAGCAACUGGCGUCGAGCACCAAUGCACCUAUGACAGUACUUGCCUUAUGAACAUCCUUGAUUUUCCUGGCAUGGGAAAACUUCCCUUCACUGCGCAGUUGCUGAUCCGCACCGACUGCACGGAUCCCACACCAAUUCCUGAACUUCCGGAUGAAGGCACAAUGACGCUCCGAGAACACACAGGGAUUGUUUCUAGCGAAGAGACUGGUGCUUACAGCGGCCUUGAGCCUCACGCCUAUGGCUUUGAGUCUCUAGUCAUUCGGGAGCAGGCUUUGGCAAAAACGCAGCAGCUGCGAAAGAGGAUCUGUUACUGCUCGGACUCCACAGACUGCUCGCCAGAGCGCCUGAUGGAUAUAGGAGAGCUUGUGAUCACCGAUGUGUGGGAUACCGACUUUCGCAUAUCUGUGGUUGCACGCAUUGACGUGCCGCUGACGAUCAAGGCUCCGCUUACUCAAAAAAGCGACCAGCGGCAGCUAGUGGUAGCCCGGGGAGACUUUCUUGAGCCGUGUAACCUGGAAAAUGAUGCAACAAAAUGCAGCAUCAGUCUUCGAGACUUUCCUAAGGAGACUUGGGAGUCUGAACAGCAAGCCAUCCUGCAAAUUUACGACCCAAGCCUCCCCAAGGAUCCUCUUGACUCACGCCCUAUUCCUUUCGUCCGCAUUGCGUCUCUUACGCCUGCAGGCCCCUGGGAGCCAGAUCAAAGUUUUUUCUGUCAGAUAGGGGGCCUAUGCGAAGUGACUGUGGAGGUUCUAAACAGGCGAGCGACAGACAGAAUCGCCCUGUUGCAGCGGUGUGGAGAAGAAUCCCGCAACUCUAUUGGUCUAAGUGCCGCAGGGGAGAAAGUAGAAGGCAGAGCCAUAGCUGCACGCUUCCAAUGGACCGCUCGGCUGAGUCUCUCACCUGCAGAGAUGGAAGCGGGGAUGGAGGUGUGCUGGAAGGCCCUUGAACGUGCGACAGAAGGCACCGACGCCCUCGUAGAUUACUCCGCUAAGUUCGGCACCGUGUCUAUUAGAGGGAUUUUCCCAGGCCAAAACGCGCUGUGUUUCAUCGGAAGCACCUGUACAGUAGACGGUCUUAAGGCGCAGCACCUUGUCAGCGGCAAUCAGGUGCUGCUGCUCAAGGGAGGUUGCGGUUCAGAGGGAACCGAAUUGCCAGUCAUUCCUAAUGGGGGCAUCAUGACAAUCAGCAGCUCUUCGGAAACCAGUGUCACGUUAUCCAUCCCCGAAGUUCUGCCAGUGCUGUCAGCACGGUCCUUGGUGAUGUGCGGUUGCACGGAGGCGACAUGCAGAACGGCAGCAGACUAUGGCUGGAGAAUUGGCGAGCUUUCUCUUAAAGGCCCAGACUCGCAAGCGCCGCACUUGGAAGUUUCUGCAAGAGUAGAUAUUCGGAUGACCUUAAGCGGCGAUUUUGAUGACAAGUUCUUCCUGCAGCUGAAGAAGGGGACGUCCUGCACGACAGGAACGGCUGACGCUACAUGGCCGUCGCAAGGAUUUGCACCGAUCUUUGAGAAUCAGGCUACGUGGAAAGCCUUUGACGAGGGGUUAGGUCCCCUUUCUGUCUGCCUUUGCCACAACAGCGAGGGAGAAGGCCUCUCAGACUCUUCCAGCGGCUCCCAGAUACCCUUGGCGGUGUGCGAGGAUCCAGACAAUUACGUUACCAAAGUCGGCCAGAUUUUCGUGAGCGGUCCGCUCAAGCAACACGAGGCGUUCAGUUGCCGCACUGGUGCUAUCUGCAUCGUUCAGUUUCGUCGAAUCGGCUUGGAUUCGGAUGCGGCAAGAAAAGAAUGGACUUCAACGCAGGUUUAUGCGCAGAAAGAGGACUGCAGCAUUGCAGGCACUGUGCUGCACUCCGGCGGCAUUUACAUCAGCGACACUGAGGUGGGAGAGAAGAUCGCCUCAGAUGAUCCUGCCUACCCCAUUGUCUAUGAAACGCGAGAGUCAGUCUUCUUGUUUCGUCAUCCUGUCGAGCUGGGGGCUGGUAGUUACAGCUUGUGUUGGAAACCUGAAGGCGGCACUGUUGGCAUAACCCUCGGCACGUUCAGCAUUGAAGGCCCUCUAACGGAGCACAAGUUGGUUCCAGUGGUCAUUGGGAAGAAAUUUGAUGUAUCUGUGGCCAUGAACUCGGUACUGAAGGAGGAGGACCUUCAAUAUUAUCGGAUUUGGGCACAUCCGUAUAAGGGAGACGAUGUCUUUGAAGACUUCGAUUGUAAAUCGCAGAUGAAGCUAAUUGCCCCUCCAGAUGCCGCGGACUGCACCUUCAGCAACGGGCCUCCUACUGCCCUGAAGCUUAAAGACACUGGCAGUGUCUUGGUUUGGGAAAACGUUUGUGUCGUUGGAGAUGAGCUAGAACCAGAUGCCACCGCGGGAGAUAAAUACGCAGUCUGCUUCUGUGAUGGACACCUCAUGGGAUGCAGUACGGCGGACCGCUUUCAGACACUCGUGCAGGCAUGGCACCUUACAGGCCCAUUGCCUAUUGUGCGAGAAACGCAGCAACGGUAUCUCGCUGGAACUCGAUUUUCCUUAGAGAUCGAGGGCGUUGGGAUGCAGGGCACCCCAGUUAUCGGCCUUGCACCUGCCUUUAACGUGGUAACCAACACCAGGUACACCUGCCGCAGCUCGGAGAAGGAGGUUUUGGGGAAGUUUUCGGGCACUGUAUCCGCUGAUGGAACGCGCGCCACGUUUACAAACGUCUAUGUGCCGUUUACAGUUACAGCGGGACUCUUGUGUUGGUGCGCCGAUGGCGAGUGUGAAGCGGCAUCGGAUUUCCUUGUGCAGCUGUCUCGCUAUGGCGUUGCAGGGCCCAGCUUCGUGAUUCUGCAAGCGAUUGUCAACAGCUACUUCAACGUACAGCUCGUUGGAAGCACUCUGAACCGCAGUGACGCCAUCACUAUCCGGAAGCCUUCGGAAUCGUGUGGGGCCGCUGGCACCGAGUCCAUGGAUGCGACGCUGAUACUCCCGGAAGAGGGGCGCACUUUGAACAGUCUGGGCACAACAAAGGGCUUCACGAUUUCAGAAAACGCCCUCUCUGGGGAGACAGAAAAGACGUGGACUUCCUGGCUAAUGCGCAUCGGGGGGUCCGUGAGUGGAUCGCUGAAGAUCUGCUACUGCUCCUCGCUGGAAAAUUCAUGCGGAGAACCAGGCAGCGUGUCGGCGCUGGCUGGCUACAUCCAGAUACGGGGGCCUGCUAAAGGCGAUUUAGAGCUCGUUGCAACCGAGGAAUAUGGCGAAUAUCUUAUCGUCCGUGGCACAAAUCUGUCGACGCGGAACCUUUUGCGAUACUUCCAGUACUCCUCCAGCGAGGUGGCCCCGACGGCGGAGGAGGAGGCAACGAUCUGCUCUAACCCGAUAAAUGUAGCAGGGGGGGUUACGACGUACCCCGAGGUAGUGAACGCGUCUGGCACGGAGCAGUAUUUCUCAGUGACUGUCACCGUGGGAAAGCAAUACGUCGCCUGUUGGUCCUUUGGAGAAGACACGACCUCCGUUCCUGACACUAUGACGCGUUCUCGAUCAGCCCCGAUUUUCGCUUCCUCAGAGGCAGAGGACCCCAUAGACAUUCGGCGCAGUCUGCUUCAAGACGACGAGGUGACUGAGGGCAGCAGCGGUGACGCGGCAAGCGGAGAUGUUCUUCUCGAUGCAGAUGACAGUUCCCUGUCAGCCGUGUCCGCUCCGAAUAAGUGGUUCUUCAUCUCCUUGUUCUCGCAGACGGGUUUCCAACAAGGCGUCCACAAUAUCGUGAAGGGACAUGAAGACACGAUAGUCAUCCAUGGGGUCCUCAAUGCCACGGAUACAUACGAGGCAGUGCUUGGCAAGAGCCACGAAAGCAGCGAGUGCAGCGACAUCCUUAAGAACGGAAGCCUGAGGAGUUCGAUCUCCAUUACGACAGCUUCUGUCACUGAGAGCCGCAUGGUUCUGCAGAUGAAAGCCACAAAUCAUCUCGGCUGGCACAAGCUGUGCAUCAAGAAUUCAACGACAUCUGGAAUCUUCGAUGCCGGAACGGUGGAGGUGACCAAGUUCUUUAAAAAGUCGGGCAGGGACAUGUACGACACACGUCGCACAUUCGUCCUCCCUUGCCUCACAAGCGUGAAUAACUCAGCAGGAGAAAAAGUCUGGGAGAGCCCGCAAGUGUGGCUUCCAGACGGCACAGGGCUGUGGAGUGCAACGAUCAUUGGGGGUGUUGGUGGUUCUGAUAAGGAGUAUGCGACGCUUAGAGUCAAACCCUCGCCUAUGGACAACUUCACAGAGUUGCCGCAACUGCGCAACGUGUUGGCGUGCGAUACCACGAAGAAUCAAACGGUGCUGGUAUUGGGGGCUACCCACAUGUUGGUACUGUAUCCGGAGAGCUCACGUUCCCCGGAUAUCAUUUAUCAUGGAGUGCCUUACCCUGCGGACUUGACCAUCGCUAGUGAUCAGGUGUUCAUCACCAGCUUCGACAGCCAUCUGAUUACCUCUUUCAGCCUUAGCGAUCCUCAAAAGGUCAUCUUUUACGAGCCUACCCGUCCAACCCUGCUCUCAGCGGGAGGCAUCCAGGCCGUAGAAAACAUUGACGGCGGCGAGACGUCAAUUUUUGUGGCGGAUACGGUAGGCGGGCUGAUCGGGAGGCUCAAGAUUCUGCCUGAAGAUCUGCAACAAGCCAGCAACGGAAGCACAAUCACAAGGGAAUGGACUGCCAUCUUCGGCGAGCAGAAGUCAGAUUUCCGAAAUACCGAAGGCGUCAACAGACCGUUUUGUGUCGGGGAGUUCGUCACGCCGUAUUCCACGCAGGAGAAUAUGAAUCCCUUGCUGGUUGUUGGAGAGCUCAUAACAGACCGCAUAACAUUUUUGAGUAUGGACGACAACAAGCUGUCCUUUUAUCGCCAGAUUAACCUGGGCGUGUCCAAGUUUAUAACAGGUCUGCGUCUAACAAAUGAGGUCUUGCUGCUUACCUCCAAGCAGUGGUCUGUGGAGCAGGAACUUGGUCGGGCAGAAGUGGCUUACAUUAAGCUCAGCCAGCUGAUCGACAACGUGUACUUCACGUAUCCAGAUUUUAGCAAGAAGCUUCAGGCUGGGCUUCGCUACCGGUUCCUUCCCUUAGUGACAGGUCAGGAUAUCCAGUUCUUCAAGGAGGAUGCAGAAUCAGGAGACCCUCUGCAUUCGAUGGGCUUCACGCUUGACUCAAAGACGGGAGAAAUCGAGGGCAUGCUGACGGCAACUGUGACAUCCCGAGUGGUCAUUGUAGGAGGUGAUCUCUUGGGGUCCUAUACAUGGUCCUUCGAGUUUGAAGCUGGCUGUCAGUCUGGCGAAUACUUCAACGAUUCCUCCAACAAUUGCGAGCCGUGCCCUUUGGGAACCUUCCGUGACGAAGAGACAGAGCUUCAGACCUGUCAAGAACACAAAGCUAACAGCACGACGCUGCAGACAGGAUCUACAAACCUUUCGCAAUGCGCAUGCGUAGAGGGCUACGAAAUAGGGCAGCUAGGGUAUUGUCAGCCGUGUCCAGCAGGGACCUACAAGGCCAUCACAGCCGACGCAAAGUGUACAGGCCGCUGCCCACAACACAUGUACAGCGAUAAGACUGGAGCCGAUAGCCUCGAAUCGCUACGCUGUCAGUGCGAACCUGGGUUUUACUUGGCAGAGUCUGGAUGCCAGAGCUGCGAAGUCGGGACCUAUUGCGCAGGGAACAUGUCUCCUCCCGUGCAGUGUCCUGAGUACCAGACGACUGCGAGCGCUGCCAGCUCAAGCCCGAGUAACUGCGUUUGCACCGUGGGAUAUUACCGCAGCGGGGAGAGAUGCGUGCCUUGCAAUAUUCUCACGUACAAGCCGACUAUAGGCGAUGAUGCCUGCAUGCAGUGCCCCCAGCCGGCAGUCAGCGUUGCUCAAGACCAGAAGAUCCUCUCCUCCUCAUCCCCAGAUACAUCCAUGUUCUCCAUAAAGAAGGGCGCUACCCAGCAGUCCGAAUGCGAAAUCUGCGCCAGCGGAUACUAUUUUGAUUUCGUCUCUAUGGGAGGCUGUGUCCCCUGCAAGAAGGAUUACUAUUGUCCUGGUUUCCAACUGGGCAUGCUUGCCUGUAAGAACCAAUCCGUCACUUCAGGUAUAGGAGCAGAGACGGUAUUCCAGUGCGGGUGAGCUUUGGCUAUCCCCUGUCCGGAGAAUUUCUUCCAGCACAUGGAUGGCGCGGAUUUUGAGUGUUUGCCCUGCCCAGCCAACUCUUUCACGAAGACAGCGAUGUCUUCGAGUAUCACAAGCUGCGUGGCAAAGCCCGGGUAUAGCGCCCUAGAGAAUCUUCAGGCUCUGAGUUCUCAAGGCGACGAAGACACCGGAGAUAUCGAAGACUCUAAGAGCGACACCUUCUUAGAAGCUCUGGAACUCAUUAAGGAGGUUGAAAAGUCGUAUGAAAGCGUGAGUACAGAAGACCUGCAGGAGAUCACCGUUUUCUGCAAGGAGGACACGCAAGCGAUCCAACACUACGAUAUGCCCGAAUUCAUGACCACCCACUAUGCCUCGUCCCUGGCGGAGUGCCAAGAAGCUUGUGUAAAGAACGUUUACUGCACCAGCUUCGCGUUUUCGAAGGAAGACAUGUAUCCUACGCAUACAAACAGCGUUAUGAACUACACCGGCGUCUACGUGUAUGCGUACUGGCCAUGCCAGCUCUUCAUGUUCGGAUCAGCCGCUGCCACGGAUGUCGCAAAGUGGAACGAUAUUUGGGAAGGCACCGAGGUAGAACGAGGCAAGGCCGUUGGAUGCGUUGUUGGACGUGUGGAGGACGAGCUCACGUGGCAGCGCCUCCGGUUUAUUGAGUGUCCUUUGAAUGCAUACUGUCCAGGAGACAAAGCAGCCAAUAUCUAUGAGUGCCAGGAUUACUCCGUCACGCUUAGCACUGGCGCAUACUCGGGGGAACAUUGUCUGUGUGUGCCUGGACACGAGCUUGUGGGACAUGUGUGUGAGCAAUGUAAGUUGGGGUCUUACAAAAAUACAACUGAGAACGUCGCAUGCACGGAGUGCCCGCAGUUCUUUACUACGAGCAUCACAGCCAGCACAAGUGCCUAUGAGUGCACCUGUCAAGCGGGUAUGUACAUGGCACCUGCGGGAUCUGAUGAGGAGUUAGAGAGUGAUGUAAGCAACGCAGCCGACGAGUCACCUAUUUACAGCGGCGAGCUUGACCCCUCCGCGUUGCAGACAGUGGCAACAGCGCGUUCUCUGCGGGAUUUUCACAAGCAUAGGGAGUUGGCGGUAGCUUCAUCUGGAGGAGUUUCCAUGACAGAGGUGCUGCAUCUGCCAUGGCUCGAGCAGGAAGUCCGAGAAGAGCUAGAGAAAGUAGUGGAGUUGGGGGUUUGCAUGCCUUGUCACCAGGGCAUGUUCUGUCCUGGCUUGUGGAAGGAUCCCCCAACCAACUCUACCCACAUGCCACCGCAGAUAUGCAUCGAAGGAUCGAGCGUGCCCCUUUCUACCGUCAAUGCAGACAGCGUUGAAAAGUGCUUAUGCCUCGCAGGCUACGCCUACGGUCGUUCUUCAGACACCGCAGUGACAUCAGAUUCAUACUUCACCUGCAGCAAGUGCCCCCCUGCGACGUAUAAGGAACUGCAGGAAAACUCCCCGUGUUCGGGUCGGUGCAUGAGAGACGCGGAGACGUAUCCAGGGGCAGUGAGCAAGAGCCAGUGCUUCUGCCAAGUGGGAAGAUACGCCAUAGAAGCAGGAGAUGCGGAGGGAUCAUUCAGUUGUGUCGAGUGCGUCAGCGGGGGCGUUUGUACUGGCGGCUUUAAGGAAGAUGUCAUCAAGGCUAUCGAGGACAACCCCGAAUACACCAACAUCUCGAUUGCCGAUCACACAAUCCCGUAUCCGCAAAAGGGAUGGUUUGCCGUAUUCAAGCAUGCCUCAAAUGAAGCGUGGCAACCCGGGCAGCUAUCCGCGUCUGAAGAGACUGGGGAGACCGCUGCUUUUAGCGCUUCCGCAGGAGAACUCUCGACUGCGCCCCUCUCUCUCGUGCAGCAAUCCACGGAUCGCGUGCCUGACAUCCACCCAUGUCCGAUCGAUUAUCGAUGCCACGGCGGUCCUGACAACGAGUGCGCCGAGGGGGGCACGGGAUACCUCUGCAGCAGAUGCGUGCGUGGAUACGAUAUUGCACACCAUGGGGCUGUAUGCACGGAGUGUGAGCCUAUGUGGUUCGGUUUUAUGUAUCUAUUUGUUGUUCGACUGGUAGUGUGCCUGAUUGUAUGGAUCAUUGCGGCCGUCAGCUGUCUGGCCGUGCGGAACCCCUCCUGUAUACAUCCCAUCUUGAUCCGCAUUUGGCUGUCCAACGUAUUUCUAUUCUUCCUAUUCGGCUUCUUUCCGGAAAAUAGCGUCUCUUCCCUCGUUGAGUGGGCCCCCAUCUACCGUGUUGUGUUUGCAUACCCCGUCUUUGUCUUCAUCCGUUAUCCGAAGGUCUUCUGCAUCCUGGAGCAACUCGGCAUGCCGCUGGGCUUUAGAGAGUCCUGGUAUUUGCAAAAGUUCGUGCAAAUACUCGUCCCCGUGCUAGACACGUGCAUCCUUGCACUUCUCUGCGGGGUGGCUCUCCUUCUCUUCAAGCUCUACAAGCGGUCCAAAAUUCAGAGGGUCCAGCUUGUCUUGAACCACGCCAGGCAAGUGCAUGCAGGAGACGUAUGGGCUAUGCGCACCAUCGAAAAUAUCCAGGAUACCCGUUGCUUAGGCCUUUUUCAUUACAUCAGUCCCCCAGAUGCCACGACUUCCCAAAAGAUCGUGCGCUUCUUCGGAGACCUCGUACCUGCCUUCAUGAUCAUCUGGUUCUGGAGUCUGCCCUUCCUCGUCAUCGAGUGCACCCAGCUCAUAGGCUGCGUUUCUACCUCCUACAAGGAUGAACCCGCCUUGACUGUCCUCACGGCUCUGCCUGAGCAAGAAUGUUCGCUCAGCGAGCCUUGGUUCCUUGCAGGCUUCGUCCUAGGGGUACUUGGAAUUCUGGUAUGGGCUGUCGGUAGCAUCAUUGUCUUCUGUGUGUGGAUGCUCUACACCGACAAUGCCGAUAAACUUGAGGCCCGCUUCCGCUACGGCUUCCUCUCUAACGGCUACGAAUUUCAGUACAGAGCGUGGGAAAUGCUGCUCAUGGGUCGGAAGCUGGUUUGCGCGUGUCUCCUCACGCUGCAGCUUCACAUGAGUGCUGCUGGCACGCAGGAAGUAUUCAGGAACUCGGUGAAUCUCCUUAUCGCUACAAUGUGCUUGAUUCUGCAGCUCUUGAUCGAGCCGUACGACCGCCGCAGCCACAACUUGACGAACCGGAUAGAAUUUCUGGGGCUCUUAACCAACGUGGUAAACUGCAUGGCUAUUCAAGGCAGCUAUUCGUUCACGAUCUUCAAGUGGCUAGGGCCUUUGCCGCUCAUCACUUGUGGGCUGUUUCACAUGUGUGUCUUCUGGAGUCUCUUCGUGGAGGCCGGACGGAUGGUGCUAAUGAGGCCCCACUUGGCUCGGCUGCCCUCACCCUGGCGGUAUUUCAACCUAACGGCGCGAUCUCUAGCCCGCCUUUACACCCGCGGCAACGCCAAAGUAUACUACAACUACAUCACGAAGGAAAUGGUGUUGGAAGCUGCGGCGAAGUCCCGCGUGUUUCACAUUCGCAGGAUGAUCCAGAGAAAGAAGAAGCUCACAGACUACAGAAAGAUCAACUACGAAAACAGGACGUACUUCGUGUCCGCCCUAACAGAUUCACUCUCUCGACUCGUCAUUUCGUGGUGUCAGUUCACAAUUCCUGGCGAUUGGUUGGACUUCACCAUUCGCUAUUCUUUCUGCUACUGUUUCUGGAUGCGGCAUCGGGCUUCCAGCCUGAGAGAGCCGUUAGACCUGGAGGAGUUCGAUGCCUUACGGCCUUCCCUCUUCAACGAGUGCUAUGUGGAGAUGGGUGAAGACGACGAUGGCCUCUUGGGCUUAGACACACAAUGCAGCGCAGUGGAAGCGGAGUUUCUUGACAUGAUGGUUGAUGAUGAUGUCUAUGAUGACAGCCCAAUCACCCUUAUGGAACUGUACGUAGCCGUGCAGUCGAUGCGUUAUAUCCCGAAGGGCCAGCUUCGGCGGUUGCAUAUGUGGUAUCGGGAGCGCAUGGCUGCGGCUGCGAGCUCAGACGUGCCUGCGCUACGUAAAGAAAACGAGGAACUGGAAGUUGAAUUGCAGCAGCUGAGUGAUGCCCUCUGCAGCCGCUAUGCGCAGUCGGACGUAGCCCCUGCCUUCAACGUUUUGGACUUCUUCUUUACUGUCGAAAUGAUGCACGAAGCGGAGGCAGAGAACGACCGCAUGAGAAAGGAUAUAGAAAAGGAGAUUCAGAAGAUCCUGAGCGCGAGGGCCGCCCGAUCUGUUGCUGAGCGGGUGUACAUAGAACUGGAGAAGGCAGAAGGACAGGAGUUGGAAGACGUGCUCAGGUCGAUCGAAGCAGCGACACAAGAGGAGGAGAGUCCAAAGGACCGUACCGAGUAUCUGGAACCGGCUCUCGGGAAGGGACAAAAGAAGGUAAAGACUCGAGACAAAGAGGCUGAUCAAACCGUAAAACGGCAUCUUCUCCUGCCUGCAGCGGGCCGUCCAAGCCACAUGAACCUCCCGCGCAAGCGCGUAUUGCGCCCGAGUUUUUCAGGCCUUGAGGAGGACUCCGGAGGCAAGUCGCGUCGUUCAUUAUCGCGUGCGAUGCUGCACAAACCUCAGGGAAGCCGCACCAUUUCACCCGUUGGCUAUGGUGGCACCCAGGAAAAUGGCGGGGGGGACGGCUCUACCCGCCGCCGCAUCAGCGUAGAGCUCGACGAAAUCAGCCGAGAUGGCAAUGGUGUGAAACGGCCCGUGAGGCGCAUCUCCUUAACAGCUGCUUCGUCAAUGACUGCGGACACUGGCCGACCACGCACUGUGCAAACGCACAGCAGCUUCAGCUCAGAGGAUGUCGGCGGAUCCGUUGCUGGAAAACGAACUCUUAAAAGUAGCUCCUUAGUAGCCACACCUUCCGACUCCGCUUCCUCAGGCGAGGAGAGAGCCAGCGGAGCUACCAAAAGGACAGCCAGGAGGCCCUCCUUGCAGCAACCUCACGAAUCCACAAAGGAGAUCGCAGAAGGCAAAACCGCAGAGAGCGAGGCCGCCACCACUCGUAGAACACUGACAGUUGGUAGAGGCACUGCGCGACAGGCAGAUUCCCCAGAGCCAUCUCAACCCCCAUCCAGGCGGACUCUGGGCAUACGGAGAUCUGGGGAAGCUGAACCCAAAGACUCACGGCCUGAGGCAUCGCCCCAAGAAGGCUCUAAGCCUGAACCUAAGCGAGCUAUCGGCUUGCACAAGAGGCCACCAGGGGACAAGCAAGACAAAACUGAAUAA